UAGCAGCACCGAGGAAGAGGAGGACGACGAACAAGACGAUGCAGUUUUCUCGGCGGAGAAGUGCUACUUGUCGUACAACGAGAGAAGAGAGAUGCUCGGCAGAAGCAAAAAGACGAAAAGCUUUCUCCAGGAGGGAUCGUCUGGAUCUGGUACUACUAGAGCAAGUAGAUCUAGAAGAUCAUCUUCUUCUCAAGGUCGUGGGAAAAACAAAAAGAAG